GCACGCCCUCCCCAGCUGCUCUCGGCCGCCUCCUCUCUGCCCGCUGCCCAGGGUGCAUCCCGGCUUGCAGGGCUCCACGCGACCCAGAUUCCCGCCCCGCCCCCGCCCCUCCCGCGCCCGCAGCCAGUGCGGCAGCCUCGGCCGCCUCUGUCCAGCAUCCGCGCGGGGAUCAGACGCGGCGAUCACGGUCGCUAGUGAGUAGCAGAAGCGAAGGCGGAGAUGGAGACCACACUGUCGCGAUCCCAGAGCUGCUGAGCCCACCGCUGUCCCUGCCCCGCCCACACUUACUUUGCAAAAGCAAAUUUGGAAGCAGUUGCUUGAAGACAGUUGGCAUAGUAUCCGGAGAGUCAACACCUGCACAAUGAAGCACUUCCUGAGGAUGUUGAUCCAGGUGUGCCUAUAUUUUUACUGUAAAUUUUUGUGGCGCUGCAUGAAGUUUGUGAUGCGGAAGCUCACCGGAAGGUGUGAACUGCAAAGGAUUUGCUAUGGCACCAAACCUGGAGCUUCCAGAACCAUGAAAAUCGAAACGUCACUGAGAGAUUCAAAAAGUAAGCUGUUGCAGACAUCAGUGAGCGUGCAUCCUGAUGCUAUCGAAAAGACUAUUGAUGACAUCAUGGAACUGAAAAAAAUUAACCCGGACAUCAAUCCACAGUUGGGAAUCUCUCUCCAGGCUUGCCUUCUGCAAAUUGUGGGUUACAGAAACCUCAUUGCAGAUGUGGAAAAACUGCGCAGAGAACCCUAUGAUUCCGACAACCCCCAGCAUGAAGAGAUGCUUCUGAAGCUAUGGGAGUUCCUGAAACCCAACACUCCACUGGAAUCUCGGAUUUCUAAGCAGUGGUGUGAGAUUGGCUUCCAAGGUGAUGAUCCGAAAACAGAUUUUCGAGGAAUGGGUCUUCUGGGACUUUACAAUUUGCAAUAUUUCGCAGAACGGGAUGCCACUGUGGCUCAGCAGGUUCUCUCCGACUCUGUUCAUCCAAAAUGCAGCAAAUUCAGCAAAACAGAAUGGGAAAAGAAGAAGAUGGAUAAAGCAAUCGGGUAUUCCUUUGCAAUUGUGGGCAUCAAUAUCACCGACCUGGCAUAUAAUCUGCUCGUGAGCGGCGCUCUAAAAACACACUUCUACAACAUCGCCCCUGAAGCUCCAACACUGUCUCACUUCCAACAAACAUUCUGCUAUCUGAUGCACGAGUUUCACAAGUUCUGGAUUGAAGAGGACCCCAUGGACAUAAUGGAAUUUAAUCGAGUGCGGGAGAAAUUCCGCAAGAGGAUCAUAAAACAGCUGCAGAACCCAGAUAUGGCGCUGUGCCCGCAUUUUGCUGCAUCUGAAGGUUUAAUCAACAUGUAGUGCCCACACUGGCUUCAGUGGAUACCCCAGAACACUGCCUCAUUGUCAUCCUAGAUCUCUGCUUAGGUGACAGCUCACACACCUAAUGCAUAUGAGUGAAUAUAUAUAUAUAUAUAUAUGCAUGCAUGCCUUUUGGUACAGUAUUUUCAUCAUCUCUUGGUCAUUAUUCCAAGAUUCCCCCAGAUAUCACUACUUCUGGAGUACCUACCCUCCAGUCAUUGCUCACAUUGUGGCAUUGUGCAGUGUUAACAUCUGUCCUUGGCACCCAGGUAUGAAGAAAGUUUUCUAUUUUUUUAGAUUUUUCCCCCUCAUCAUUCCAUAUUAAAAGUGUGUAAUAAUUCUCUAGCUGUAAUUUGUCUGUAAGAGAGUUAACUGAAUCUCAUCCUGUGUUCAUGUCAUAUUUAUUAAAAUGUUUCACGAAGACUGCUGCUAGCUUCUCAAGCUGGGCUCCUGCUUGGACCUCCUUUGGAUAAAGCAUAAGACUUUAAAAUAAUACAGACACAUGAUAAGCCAAACUCUUCCUGCACAUAUAACUGCACUUCACCAGAAUGUAAUGAGGCUAUAAAGAAAUUAGCUUAAAUAGAAGCCAUCCUUGUGUGAAGUCCUGCAGAACUGUAGCCUAACCUAACCACAGUUACAACUGUGUCAUAGUCAUCAGGAUAGAAAACUAACAUAUUCCCAUCACUUCAUGGCUUGGAUGUCUAAAUACAUGUAAGAUGCUUGGAGCCCCAGAAACGAAGUCAUAUCUUUCCAAGGCUGCAAAGGGUUUCUCACUACCUGACUCUUGCUGGACCCAGACUUAGUUCUUAGCACUCCCCAGAUCUGAGUACCCUUGCUUAGGGGAUUGAGUGCUAACUGGUUUGUUUCUAUGGUGAGGGGCAAUAUCUUAAAAUUUUUUGCAAGAAAAUGUGUUACAACACAAGAAUCUAAGCAAUGAUAUCAUGCAAUAUUUCUUCUAUCAGUGGAAGAAGUUGCUUGGAAGAAGAAAAAACAAAAUCAUCCUCAAACUGCUAAGAAUCAUCUUCUUUAAAAUGUGAUUUAGUUUGGAAUUAUGACUGUAGUCUGUUGAAUAGUAUUUACCAUGGUAUUUCAUACCCGUGGUAUUUUAUACUUUGGGACUAUCGAUUUUAGUAUUAUUAGAUAUUUGUGUAAUCACUUGCUUAUUUAAAUAAAUUUUGAGUACUGCCUAACUGUCAGUGUAUGAAUAAAUUGCAUAUCAUUCUACAG